CGCAUAUUUUAAUGUGACGCUUCUCGUUGUUGACAAAAGGAGAAUGGCGACUAAUUCGACUACUAGUAUUUGUGGUAUAUGUGAUUUUCGUCAGGUGACUAAACCAUCGGUAGUUUGGUGUUCUGAAUGUGAUGAAGGCCUUUGUGAAGACUGUACCGAACAUCACAGCAUCUCCAAGGCAACUAGGGAACAUAGUACAGUUUCUAUCGAUAAAUACAAGAAACUACCGCCAUCAAUUCUAACAAUAACACAAACUUGCAAAAGCCACAACGAAAAGUUUCAUAUAUACUGUUAUAAGCAUGAUUGCCCAUGCUGUAAAAAGUGCAUCGUUGAGACCCAUAACGAGUGCAAAGAACUUUCUGAUAUUGACGAUGUGGUAAAAGAUGUAAAGUCAUCAAAUGCUUUCGUGGAUAUCGAACUCACCUUGGCAGAAAUUUCUGAAAAUCUUAAAAGAAUUCGAAAAGACCGUGAAGAGAAUUUGACCUCAAUCAAGGAAACAAAAGAAAAAAUCGAGUCAGAAAUAAAAAUGACUAAAUUAAAGAUUGUAAGUAAUCUUGACAAACUCCAAGGAAAGAUAUUGAAAGAACUCAACAAAACAGAAAAAUUGGAGAGCAAACAAAUACACAAAUUGUUAACAGCAGUACAACAAGCAGAUAAAGACGUAACGGAAUACCAAAAUAACAUAGCGAACAUAAAACAACAUGCAUCAGACCUUCAGGCAUUCAUUGCGCUAAAACAAAUCGAACAUGAUGUAGACGAAAAAGAUAAAUUUAUUCAAACAUUAGUUAACAGCAAAGAUUUAAAUCACGCUGUUCUGUCUUGGAAGAGUAGCACUGAUAUGAAAAAUGUCAAUACCAGUAUCUCAACAUUUGGAAAAAUUGUUGUUGAGUCUAAAUCAAGUGGCAUUACUAUUGCAAGGAGAAAAAACCAGCAAGCUCAGAAUAUGGUUAACAAUCCGGUAUUGAGAUCUGUCAACACUGGCGCUGAAUUAAAGAAUUCGAAGCAAAUGAGAACCAAUCCUGGCGACUGCAAACAAUCUUAGCGAUAGGGUAUGCGACCUUAUCAGUCAACAAAACUUCACGAGAACCGUUUGAAAAGGAACGUUCGUUGUCAUUGGUCAAUUCAAACCGACAACCUCAAGUAAACUUUCAAACCCCACCUAGAUAAGGCACACGUGCGUGUAAAAUACAUAUACAAUAACACGAAAAAUUAAUCUUCAUCAAUGGUCUUAUUAUAUUCACGGAUAUGUACAUUGAUAUCAUGUGGUAAUUGUAUUAAAAAUGUCUGUUAUAGGACAAAGGUG